GAUUCUCUUUGUCAGUGAAGAGGGUUGGCCACGCCAGACUUGCACAACACCAUCGCUAGACUCGCUUAACAUUUACAUUCGGUUUGAAUUUGCGAGUAUACCGCUAUGGAUUCAACACUUGCUCCUCGACCGCGGCCCCGACCUGCCCAUACCCAAGGAACCACAAGAUGCGCCUAUACACCAGACGGUUCAAGACUGGUGACCGUUGGUUCCAACAACACUAUUCGCCUAUACGCCACGGGCUCUGACGGCGAACCUACCAAUAUUGACAACUGCCAAGAACAAAACACCUCCGUCUCUGCAUCCAAGAACGAGUUUGUAGUGGGCUCUGAGGACGGUCUCGUCAGCUUGUAUUCUCUGGAGAGUGCUGCAUUCGAACAGUUCCUCGUCAGAACCUCCCUUCCCAUCCGAGACGUCGAGUUGAGCAAGGACGGCAAAUGGUGCGCGGUUGCGAGUGAUGAAUUGACGGUCAAGAUUGUCAAUACUCGCGAAAUCAGUCAGAUCAAACACCUUCGCGAACAUGGACGCUCUGCCCGGCACGUCAGUCUGGACCCGGGCGCGCGUCUAGCUGCACUCUCCGGUACCGAUGGAAUCAUCUACAUAUACUCUCUUACUGCCGAGCAACCCGAAUUGAUCAAGAGAGUUGACGGGAUUAUUGACGCAUUGGACGGCGACGGUACUGCGUCGACCAAAGUCGUGUGGCAUCCAGACGGACGGGCAUUCGCCGUGCCCACCCCGACCCGAGAUAUUCAGAUCAUCUCAAAGAAUGAUUGGGAGAAGCAGCAAGCCUUCCCCAGUGGACAUAAUGCAGAUAUUACAGCGCUCGCAUGGUCACCAAACGGAGCUAUGCUAGCUUCUGCUGCCAAGGACGGCAAGGUUAUUGUGUGGGAAACGAAAUCUCAAUCUGUCCUUCAACGAUACGACUUUAGAAAUGUCAUCGAUCUCAAGUGGCAUCCUACGAAAAACAUCCUCUCAUUCACCACGACAGAUGGUGAAGUAUAUAUUUACCCAGACUUCCUAUCGGAUCAAUUCGCUCCGCUGUUGAAGCUUCCAAUCCAGCCUGCUCCGUUCUUGCACGAUCCUUUAGGCGAGAUAUCAGGUAAUAGACAAGCUCCCGCUCCUCAACGUCAAAAGGAUCAUAAUUUGCCGACGCGGCCGAGACGAGACUCCCUUGGUAGCCUCGACUCGUUUAUGAAUAACGAAGCUGACGAUGACUUCGUCGUCGAUGAUGAUGGUGCUGGUUAUGCCGGGGUGGGUCAAAAACGCGGUAAUGAUAACUCUCAUUACGGCAUGGACGCAAAGAAGGCGCGCUAUGGCCCUGAGACUGUCAGUCAUGCCGCUUUCCAACCUGGAUCAACUCCCUGGAGAGGAAAUCGAAAGUACCUUUGCCUAAACCUAAUUGGCUUUGUGUGGACAGUAGACCAAGAUUCCCAUCACACUGUCACUGUGGAAUUUUAUGACCAUGAAUUCAACAGAGACUUUCACUUCACUGAUACCUUCCUCUACGACAAGGCCUGUCUUACUGAACGCGGCACCUUGUUCUCCUCUCCCCCAAAAGAUGACGCACCGGCCACAAUUUUCUACAGACCACAUGAAAGCUGGACUCAGCGCUCCGACUGGCGCACUGAGCUGCCCAAGGGCGAAUCUGUUACUGCUAUGUCACUGAGCGAAUCCUUCGUGACCGUCACCACCAGCGCAAACUAUGUCAGAGUCUACACAUUAUUCGGAAUUCCCUACCGCGUCUACCGUCCAAAGAGUCUGCCAAUGGUUACUUGUGCUAGCUGGAGGGAUUACGUUCUCACCAUUGGAAACGGGUCGAUCGGAGCAGAUGGCGCCACUCGCCUGCAAUAUACGAUUGAAAACGUAAAGCGCGACGAAAUCUGCCAGAGUGACGACACUGUAGCCCUCCCACCAGGAGCUACUCUCAAGAGCGUCUUUUUCUCAGACAGCGGCGACCCUUGCAUCUAUGAUUCCACUGGAACACUGUUAACCCUUCUGCACUGGAGACGGCCGUCUCAAGCAGUCUGGGUACCACUCCUAGAUACCAAACUCUUGACUCGUCUCGCCUCUGGCCGAAAGCAAGAGACAUACUUCCCCAUCGCCGUGGCCGACAACAAGUUCCACUGUAUCAUUCUCAAAGGCGGAGACCAGUACCCGUACUUCCCUCGGCCUCUACUCUCUGAGUUUGAGUUUUCGGUGCCGCUGUCGUCGCCACCAGACGUCAAGCCAGCUAAGAAUGGACAAGACAACGAAGAUGAUGAACAGAAUGAUGAUGAAGACAAGAUGGACGAAGAUGAUGAAAAAGAAGAAAAUGAAACCAGAAAGCUUGAACAGGACUUUAUGCUCCGAAGUAUCCAGGCUGCUUUGCUACGCGAUUUCACCGAAGCAACAUCAAACAACCACACCCACAGAUCGACGCUUUCGCGCCUUGAGCUUGAUAUUGACAAGACUCUUCUUCAGCUGCUCGCGGUUGAAUGUCGUGAGAGUGAGGACAGGGGUAUGCGUGCCUUGGAACUUGUAGAGCUGAUGCGAGAUCGCACUGGCCGCAUGAUGGAAGCCGCCGGCAAGGUUGCAGAGCGUUACAGCCGUACCAUCUUGGCCGAAAAAAUCCGCGCGAUUGGAGAGAAGCGAGUUUCUGGGAUGGAUGACGAUGAGGACAUUUGAUGAACUAGUGGUAUUUGGAUAUUAAAACCGGAGUACAUGUGAGGCUAGACGGGAAAAUUCAUUGACUUUUGCAUUAUUGAUUUCAUUUUCAUUGCCGUCUAUUGGCCGUAUCUGGCGUGAAGCAUGCAUUCGUUCGUUAAUUCACCCGACGGAAAUAACGUGGCUCGUCAGAAAAAACAUGUAGCUAGGGCGACGUACAGACAGGGUUACACUACCGAAAAGACAGUUUACGCUACACGAUAUCGGGCCUGAUGAGGUCGCAACUAGAAGUGCAGAGUACCCCACCACCGGUGGUGCAAUUAGAGCCAAGAGGUGUCCCCCUGCACUGUACAAAACGACCUGCCACAAAUGGCUUUGGUCCUACAAUAAUCCAGGUAAAUCGGCGCCAGGUUCUGCCGCAUUCACAAUCGCUGGAACCGAAAGCGAGAAAUGAUACCGUAGCCUGAACAUAGUUGGGCGAUGGAACAAUCCCUAAUACAUCUCUUUGUGCACUCAUUUGGCUUUGUAUACGUGUGGCGAGGCUGAGAGGCAUGGUGUCUAAAUCUAGAGAUGGUUUGCAGCCCUGGUAUGAGCAGAAACCAAGGAUGCAAAAAGUUAUCAUUCUUGCACAGUUCAAACUAUUUAAUGAAUAAAUUCAGUGCUUAAAUCAAAGAUCUCAGUUGAAGCCAGCAGGUUAGUUAUGCUGGUGUUGGCACCAAGGUUCAACUCGUUCAGUCAGGCCUUCUAGACUGGCACCCCCAGAAUUUCUCGAAAGCUCCGGAUGGGAUUCUGCAGUUCAAUCUGGCCAACGAACCCAAGCUGAUUCCAAACAGCGGGAAAAUAAUAGCCGUCAAAGCUUGGCAUCGCUCUUGGUCGACGACCACAAACCCACACCCAGCCGGUGGGUGGUUCAUGUGGAUACCGCAAACAGGAUUUGGUUUCCAUCGCCCUUAGCUGGAUGUUGUAUCGCCGCCUGCCACCGUUCCGAAAAUGAGCUUCUUUAAUCAAAUCGGUGCUGAGAGCUGUCGUAAAGCAGCCAACCGAUUUCGCGGGACGGUGGCUUUAUCAAGGGAAUAUGUCCCAUGUUUUCCUGGUGGCGCCAGGUUCGGUGACUGGUGUCAGCAUCAGACGAGAUAUCACUUCCCAGUUGUCCCCGCUGAUGGCAACCAACGGAGCCAAGCCUGAGAAGAGGCGGCAAUAAUCCGUAGCCUCAAAGUGUUGCCACCUUCAUAGAGCAUUAAUUACGGCAGGCUGGGCCAUGCAACCAUCAGUAUGUAGUUGGGAUGUACAGUGACGCGAUUCGGCUGGCUAACAGCCGAUCAUCGUUAGUAUUGUCUCCCAACUUGGGCAUGUUUUGCUAGCCAGUUAGCCUCGUCCGUUGGCAAUAGUCCAGAAGGGAUGGUGUGCGACGGGUGGGAGGCCAGACCCAAAAGCCCGUAACUAACUGACCAGGGCCCGUUGUCAAAGGAUAAAAGACGCCUGCACAAGUUCUGGAGCACCUUGAACCUCUGAGCGCUACGGUUCUCCAUAGCACCGUAGGUUCAACUUGCCCAGGCAAUAGCGUAGUCUUUGGAGCAUCGAGACCAAGCUGUGGUUGCGCUAAGGCUGGGCUAGUGGCGUCGGCUUAUUCCACCCGUACGCCAGCGGCCCCAGUGGUAUGCUGUUUCCGAAAAGUCUUUUUUGAUUCCCGCGCGCUGGACCGGUCCGACGACUUUGGCAUUUGAGGCUUGUUUCUGAGGGGCGCCCAGCUUCACGCCUGGCGUUCUCAGAAUGUUCUAGGUCGUCCCGAUUCCGAAGUUUGCCCAGCACAUGUGCAAAGUAGGCCGAGUGUACUUCUCGGCGCCAGCGAAGUUGCUGACCACCCAACGAUACCUGGCUUCAAAACGGUAGCGUCGAUUUCGACGUCCGACAGCAGCGCUAGAGGCUCCCCACUGAGCGACAAGGUACUCUGCGCAGCGUUGGGUGGGCGCAUACAGCAGAGCGUGUCCCCCCUCCCCCCUUUGGCCGAGCGUAGCAUAGAGUACAAUGCUGGCGAACACAGCAGUUUCGUAAAGAGUAGAGUCGGAGGGGAAGUGAACACGGCGUCUGCAUUAGCGUAACAUUUACAAAGGAAUUUAACUGAAUCAAGCGGAUCGUUGAAGCACCAAAGACAAAGAGCAAUACGCCGAGAACACGACUCGGGCUAAAACAGGAGUGCACUCGACUGGUACCUGUGCUGCUGCGCGCAGUGAGACUGAGGUGAGCACUGGGCCGGGGUGGUUCUAAUUUGUUCGAGUAGGGAUGGGCGAUGGG